AUGGAAGUAAUCUUUUUCUAUAAUAUCAAUAGGAGCAGAGUUUAGAUCAUGUUAGUUUCCAUUUUAGCUUGGAUUUUGAAUGUUUUAAUGAGUAAUAAAGUGAUUACUACCAGGAGCAGCAGGAAUGCUUUCUUAAGAUUUUCUAUGAUUUUCUAAGAGUAUCUUGACUGGCAUUCCAGGCGAGUUAUUAGUCGUUAUUGUGUCAGUUCUUUUUAGCUUGAUAAGUUAUUUACCUAUCUGUUAUCUUACAGACAAUUCCAUAUUAUUUCUACUGUUUUAUCUAAACAAAUUAACCUAAUUUAAUGUACCAGUUGGAGCAUUAUAGAAUUGCUACUAAGGUUGCUGUUAAAUCAAUUAGUUUUAAGCUAUUUAAUUUUAGUUUUAGUUAUUAUAUUCAGGUAGAAUACAUGGAGAAGAUUUUAAUUAAUCAAGUUUUAGGUUUGUGAGAGAGGGAUUAUUUGA